AUGAAGAUUAUAUUGAUAAACAUUGGAGGUUACAAAAAAAAAAAAAUUAUUAAUUUUCGUGUGGUUCCAACUCCACAUAAUGUUGACAUCAUUGCACAAACUGUUGAAGGUUGUUUGUUGGAGUGGCGAAUUGAUCAACUUUGCACAUUAACUGUUGACAAUGCAAGUUGUAAUGAUACGGCAAUUUCAACUUUGAAGAGGAAGUUCAAUAAGCGUAAUGGGCUGUUAUUGGAGGGUAAGAUGUUUCAUGUAAGGUGUUUUGCACACAUCUUGAAAUUAAUAGUGAAUGAUGGAAUUGAUGAGGUGAGUGAUUUCAUCAUUAAGAUUCAUGAAGCAGUGAAGUAUGUUAGGAGUUCUCCUUCUCGUUAUCAAUGUUUCAAGAAGUGUGCUGAGGUGGAGAAGAUCACAUCUGAAAGAACAGUGUGUUUGGAUGUUCCAACACGAUGGAAUUCAACAUAUAUAAUGCUUGGUGCAUCACUUGAGUAUCAAAAAGCCUUUGAGCAAUUAGAAGAGCAAGAUUUAACUUUUGCAAAGGGUGCUCCAUUUGAAAAGGAUUGGUUGUAUGGAAAGAACCUACACAAGUUCUUGGAUCGUUUUUACAUUGUCACAAAUCGUAUAUUGAGGUCUAAGUAUGUCACCUCCAACUCCUAUUUUCAAGAAGUGACUGGAAUUCAAACUUUGCUACGAAAGUGCUCAAAAAAUGAAAAUGUUUUCUUUAGUAAUAUGGGGAAAAAAAUGAUCUUAAAGUUUGAGAAGUAUUACAAUAUUGACAAAAUUAAUAUUUUAUUGAUAAUAGCAGUGGUUUUAGAUCCUCGUUACAAGCUGGGAUUUGUGAAAUUUUGUGUUGCAAAAUUUUGUUCAGAUACCAAGGUUGAAGAGUUGAUAGGGAAGAUAAGAGAUGUUGAUGAGCGCUGA